UAAAUACAUGAUUCUUAAAACAGAAAGAACAGAAAAGAAAAUAGACGAAAGAAGAAAAGAAGUUUCUAAACGUAACCCUCCAAAUUCCGAUCUAUAGAAUUUAUUGCGAUUGCAAAGGAAAUUCCAUCUCUCUCUACCGAUUACAGUCCACAUUCAUAUUCAUCCAUUCAUUCCAGUGUUUCUUUUCUAUCUAAAAAGUUCGAUUUCGAAUUUCCAGCAUCAAUUCAAGGAAUGAAAUUGAAGUUUUGUUCUUGACGAUUCCAUAAAAUUGAAGCUUUUUUGGAGACAUCACGCAUUUGUUGAGUGAAACAUCACACAAGACAAUGAUCGGAGUGGGGAAGAUGAAGCAAUACACGAAUGUUCUCGAUAAACCCGUAAGCAAAGGAAAGCAGGAGGUUAGCUUAAGUGCUUUCGCCUUCUUGUUUUCGGAGAUUGUGCAAUAUAACCAGACACAGGUGGACAAUAUUGCUGAACUCGAACGGAGGCUAGAGGAUGCAGGCUAUGCUGUUGGGGCUCGAGUUCUGGAACUUCUUUGCCAUAGGGAGAAGGGUAACCGAAGGGAGACACGCUUGCUUGGUAUUCUAUCUUUUGUACACAGCACUGUGUGGAAAGUGUUGUUUGGAAAGGUUGCUGACUCACUUGAGAAGGGCACUGAACAUGAAGAUGAAUAUAUGAUCAGCGAGAAAGAGCUCCUUGUAAACAGGUUUAUAUCUAUACCGAAAGAUAUGGGAACUUUCAACUGUGGCGCAUUUGUCGCUGGAAUAGUGAGGGGUGUCUUGGAUAGUGCAGGAUUUCCCGCUGUUGUAACUGCUCAUUUUGUUCCAGUGGAGGGGCUGUUGCGGCCUAGAACCACUAUCUUGAUAAAGUUUGCCGAAGAGGUACUCAAAAGGGAAGCAAGAUUGGGUUGAUGCCUGUUGAAACUAUUGGUUCAUCAAAUUUAUCAAUACAACAGGCUGAGGAGUUGUCGAAUCUUGUUCGAGGGAAUCAUAUUCUCCGAAACUCCUACUUUUUGUUGAUCCCUGGUUUUUCGAACGGGGUUUACAUUUGUUUCAUUGUGAUUCCGGUGUUGAAUUUGCGCAUGAUCUCUUGUUAAUCAAAAUACAAAUUAUUUUAGCGUCAUUAUCCCAUGGAGGAUCCCGCAUGUUGUAGUUGUAGGUAAAGGAAUGGAUUGUCACUUAUUAGUGAAGGAGCUGAUAGAUAUAUUUCAAUUUAUAUUUGACUACUAACUGUUUUUGGAGAAGCUAUUAAUAGGAUAAUAAACAUACAUUGGUAGA